CUUCCGCUUGCCGUACAGGAAUUUGAAGACUGCAUUACGUCAGUUAUCCUGCCAGCGGCAAGGAAGCAGCCUCGUCCAGUAGGAGUGUUGUUACCUUUUUUACUUUUCCUGUGGAGAAUUAGAGGGAUUUGUGUGUUUUGUUUUCCCCCCUCCUUCCUGAGGUAUUCAGAGCUGAGAGUCCUGGUUGAGGAAAACGUCUCCUGCUUCAGUAUGAGCCAUCAGUGAAAGGGUUCAAAUAUCGACGACACUCUCAGAAAGAUGGACGAGACAGAAGUUUUCAGUGAAGAAAACCUCAAAGGUACGGCUAAUUGCUACUGUGCGGGAUGCGGAGGAGAAAUCCAGGACUCGUUUCACAUGAAAGUCCUCCACGACACCUGGCACAACGCCUGCUUUCAGUGUUCUGUGUGCUGUGACCACCUGACUAACUGGUACUAUGAGAAGGAAGGCAAGCUGUACUGUCGCAAGCACUACUGGGAGAAGUUUGGAGAGCUCUGUCAUGGCUGCUCCCUGCUCAUGACUGGACCUGCCAUGGUGGCCGGAGAACACAAGUAUCACCCAGAGUGCUUUGUGUGCCUGAGCUGCAAGGUGGUGAUUGAGGACAGGGAUACCUACGCCUUAGUGGAGCGAUCCAACCUUUACUGUGGAAAGUGCUACAAGCAGGUGGUUCUUACACCCAUGUUGGAAAAGCGCUCCCACGACUCGGUGCUGGACUCCCUGCCACACACUGUGACGCUCAUCUCGAUGCCCUCUGCAGCCAACGGCAAGAGGGGCUUCUCCGUCACAGUGCUGAGGGACGUCAACGGCUCGACUAGUGUUCAAGUCAAAGAAGUCAGAGGGAUGCUCAUUAGUCCAGAGGUCCGAAAUGCCAUCCAUGUUGGGGACAGGAUCCUGGAGAUUAAUGGCCUUCCUGUGGGGACAUUGAUGCAGGAGGAGGUGGAUGAUCUUAUUCACCGCACUAGUCAGACGCUGCAGCUGCUUAUGGAGUAUGACCCGGUCAGGCAGCGUUUAGACCGGCUCAGACUGGGAUCCCCGAGAACUCGUCUGGGUGUUCCAGCCACGUCGCGCAUGCGUCUGUCCUCGCCCUCUGACACGGUCCUGGAGAGAACCGAUGUGGUUGAUGACGGCACACUGAAAAGGAGGUCUUUGAGGCGCAGUAACAGCUCAUGUAAGUCACCAGGGCCAAAUUCUCCUAAAGAGAUGCCUUUUAUUACCCAAAACAUCGGCCGCUCUGAAUCCUUGAGAUCCUACAAUAGCUGCUCUCAUCGCAUCUUCCGGACAUGUGACCUCAUCCACGGAGAGAUCUUGGGAAAAGGAUUCUUCGGUCAAGCUAUAAAGGUGACUCAUAAAGCCACAGGAGAGGUGAUGGUGAUGAAGGAGCUGAUCCGUUGUGAUGAGGAGACCCAGAAGACUUUCCUAAAGGAGGUCAAAGUAAUGCGAUGCCUGGAACAUCCCCACGUGUUGAAGUUCAUCGGUGUGCUAUACAAGGACAAGCGGCUCAAUUUGAUCACGGAGUAUAUCGAGGGAGGUACCCUGAAGGAUUUCAUCAGAGACACGGAUCCGUUUCCAUGGGAACAAAGGGUGAGCUUUGCAAAGAGCAUCGCUUCUGGCAUGGCCUACCUUCACUCAAUGAGCAUCAUACACAGAGACCUCAAUUCUCACAACUGCCUGGUUAAACUGGACAACACUGUGGUUGUUGCUGACUUUGGACUGUCCCGACUCAUAAUAGAGGACAAAGUUAAGCCUCAACCUGAAAAACCAAACACUAAGAAGAGGGUGUUCAGACGCAUCGACCGAAAGAAGCGGUACACUGUCGUGGGAAACCCUUACUGGAUGGCUCCAGAGAUGCUAAAUGGUAAACGCUACGAUGAGAAGGUGGACAUUUUCUCCUUUGGAAUUGUACUCUGUGAGAUCAUUGGAAAAGUCUAUGCAGACCCAGAGUGCCUCCCAAGGACUCUGGACUUUGGCCUGAACGUUGGCAAGUUUGUGGAGAAGUUUCUCCCUGAAGACUGUCCACCAGCUUUCUUUCCACUGACUGUGGCCUGCUGUGACCUCACACCAGACAACCGCCCACCUUUCGAGAAGCUGGAGGACUGGAUUGAAGCUUUGUCCCUCAACCAGGAGCUGGGGAUCCCCCUGCCAGCCGAACUGGAUGAACUCCACCAGAGUGGGAGUCGACUCUACUUGGCUAAGGACAGCUCCCCAUCCCAGAGCCCAAAUCAGUCAUUGACCCCCACAGAAGCCCCUGCAGACUCUUCCAGCAUGACAGACAGUGGGACCUAGGGCAUGCGCCUGUCUACUUUGACCCCUCUGAACUGCAACACUAAUACUGUGGAUGAGAAAAAGAGGUAAAUUGCGUUGACGCCGAGCGAUAUUAGAACUGGAUAACCUGUGGUAGCUGGAAUGAUCUCCUUGUGUGGCACCUUUUAGAGGGGGGUAGACACAUUUCAAAAGGACCAGUGUUAGUUUCUAUUUAGUUCUACUCCGUUAAGCCCCCACUUAACACACACAUGGUUUUACUUUAGUGUUUACGGUGUAUAAAGACGAUAUGCACCUUUCUUUGGUCCGUUCCCCGACAAAAGACAAACAAAAGACUUGAGGAGUCUGAUGUGACAGAAGGUUUGUUUUUCAGGCUCUGAAGUUGUCGUGUGCUAUGUGUGGAAUGCACCGAUCAGUCAUUUCACUUCGGCAGCAAAGCAAACAAAGAUGCUCCACAGUCUGGCUGAUUGACAGGUCACAGUAAACAGAGGGCAGAGCAAAACAGGUGUGACCUAGAACAGCGGUGGAAUAAAACAACACACACUGACUGCAAAUAGUUUCAUCACCCUGAGAUUUAGCUCAAGGUGCCGAAGAAAUGUUUUAGAUAUUUUUCCGUCUAAACACCGCUGAUCACAUUUUUGACGAGAUGGUUACAAGUACGGUCCUGUACUUUGUAGACUAACGAUUUUUAUUCAUUUCUUAGAAUGAUGAAUUAACUUUUUGCUACACUGACAUUUUGUUCAAAGUUUCACCUGAUGCCUAUUAAAUAAUAACUGGCAACAGCUCUUAUGGAAAGUAGGGCUGUUAUUAAUAAUUGUCAGACAUAAUCAUUCCACAAUUGACCGUAAGAAGUUGCUUUGUACAGAAGAACUGGAUUUUUUUCUUAAGCGAUGUAUAUAAAUAUGUACAUAUCGUGCCUCUAAUUAAAUGCCUUUUUCUAAUGGGAACUCUAGAUUUGUAGAUUUUUAGACAUUUUGUCAACCAUGGAAGUUUUUACCUUUUUUGCUAUCAUCAUGCAAGGUACUGACGACCAGUUGUAACCACUAUUAUUUAUAUCACUGUAGUGUUUCAUGAAUAAACCUUCUUA